UCGGCCGGAGAGGGGCGGGGAGCCCGAGUGGACACCACGUGGGGAGUGGAGCCCGGGACCGAAAGAGGACGAGAACCGGAGCCAUCUGGAGAUGCGGGAGGAGUCGCAGACACCGCCGGACCCGCAGCCGCAGCAGCCGCAGCCGGACCCGCCGGUGCCUCCGCCGAUAUACUUGCCUCCCGCCUCCCAGGAAUGGAACCUGCCUCCCAACGCGCCGGCCUGUAUGGAGCGGCAGCUGGAGGCGGUGCGCUACCGGUCCGAUGGCUCCCUGCUUCUGGGCGCGUCCAGCCUCAGCGGCCGCAGCUGGGCCGGCUCCUUGUGGCUGUUCAAGGACCCCCUCUCGGCCCCCAACGAGGGCUUCUGUUCGGCCGGAGUCCAGAUCGAAGCCGGGCUGUCCGACCUCGCCUGGGUGGGGGACCGUGGCAUCUUCGUGGGCUCCGACUCCGGUGCUGUGGAACUGUGGGAACUGGAUGAGGGUGAGACACUCAUCGUCAACAAGUUCUGCAAGUAUGAACAUGAUGACAUAGUGACCAGUGUUAGCGUUCUGAUGAAUGGCACACAGGCCAUCAGUGGCAGCAAGGACUUCUGCAUAAAAGUUUGGGACCUCCCUGGAGAGAAACUGCUGAACUCCUAUAGAGGUCACUCUGGCCAAGUCUCCUGUGUUGCUGCUUGUCCCUACAAGGAGUCUAAGUUCCUGUCAUGCAGUGAGGACAAUAGAAUUUUACUUUGGGAUAUCCGGUGCCCCAAGCCAGCUUCACAUGUUGGCCAAAGUGCCUCCCACCACCUUCCUACCUCACUGGCCUGGCAUCCUCAGAAGGAAAAAGUUUUCACUUUUGGUGAUGAGAAUGGCACUGUCUUCCUUGUGGACAUCAAGAACCCUAAAACUACCCUCAGCUCCUCUGUGCACUCCCAGAGCAUCACAAAGCUUGUGUUCUCUCAAGACAGUAGUCCCCUCCUGGCGUCUCUCAGUGAAGACUGUUCCGUAGCUGUGCUUGACUCUGGCCUUGCAGAGGUGUUCAGAAGCCGAGCCCACAGAGACUUUGUGAGAGAUGCUACGUGGUCCCCACUCAACCACUUUCUGCUCACGACUGUGGGCUGGGACCAUCAGGUCUUGCACCACACUGUACCCUCAGAGCCAGUUACAGUUCCUGAUCUCAGUGGUGCCAACAAGUAGAUUUGAGGAAAAAAAGGCGAAACUCCUAUAAAUCCAUACCUACCUACCCCUUGGUUUGUGAGAAGAUAAGUCCUGUAUGUAGCAGGUUUGAUCUGUUAAAGCUGAGCAGUUGAGACACCAAGCUUCUGUGCCUGGGGUCCUGUAGAGUCAUAAGGAGACAGCCAUUUAUUUUUUUAGAUUAUAUUUAAAUUUUUAAAAAAUGAUAAUCGGGACUGUCUGUUCCCACAUCUAGUUACCUCUCCUUGUUCCUCCUCCUUCCCAAAAAGUACAUAAAGGGGUAGAGAAAUAUUUCUUCAUUUCCCUCUGGUGGUGAGGAAUUUGCAAAAUCCUGGGAAUCAACUGAGAUUUCGGCAUCCCUGUGUCCUAGGAAUGGUGUUCCUUGUGUGCCCUUUGGGGUUUUUGGUUAUUGUGAUUAUCGAUCUGAGACAGAAACGGGGAAACUCUUCAAAAGCCUUUCCCAGCUUGGGUAACACUAGGACAACCUCUUGCCUCAGCCGCCUGAAGUGGUUUCUUUCUCUUAAUAGGAAUCCUUCUGUAGCUGAGCAGGAAGGAAAAAGGUCUAUUUUUCCUAGGUUGUUGGGACCCUCUUCCCCGAAUGCAGCCACAGCACUCUGGGAGAUUCUUUGCUACCUUCUUGCCCUAAUCCUAAGAGACUAGCUCAGUGUUUUCUUUUGGCUAGAUGCCAGAAGGGGGUGGCUUAGAGUUGGUUUGGGGGCAUCCAGAGGGAUUUGAGGAGAGAAUGGGAGGUGGGGGCAAGACAGAAAACUGACAGACUAGAGGGGAGGGCUUUGGGAUCUGCUCCUUUGAUACCAAAUUGCCCUGACCACCACCUCCUGAGGCUUUUCAGCUUUCAGGAGUUGGCUUGCUGUGGUUGGGGCCAUGUCAAUGAUGAGAGAUGCCAUUGCCAAGAGCCAUCCCAGUGGAGAAUCUUAGAUGACUUGGUGAAAUAAAAUUCUCUGUUUUGGGGUUCUGGGGUGUGUGUGUGUGUGUUUGUGUUUUAAAGCUUGCAUGUGUGUGUUAUAAGAAGGAUGGAGGGCACAUAUCCUGUGUUGCUGUGACUCUACAGGAAAUUUGGGUUUGACUUCUCACCUUGCACCUUAGCUACAAGCUUUGUCUCCUUGGGUACGUCAGUUAAUCUUGUAGCUGAACAGGAAUCUUCUUGACAUGACAGCUGAUGAGGCCUUCCAGCCUUUGCCUGGUGACCACUUGACCUCGGCUGGCAUUCGAUUAGCAUUGAUUAAACCUUUUUAGAAAAUUGUUGUCAA